AUGGAGUUUGUCACUGGCUACCGGGCAGAGAUCCUGGACUUUGCCGAGCUGCUUUUCGGCUGGUACCGCCGCUUCCUCCUGGACUCGGCCUGCCGUGGGGGCAGCGAGAGGCGGAAGCGACAGGAAGCCUCCCUCCGCCGCCUGCCUCCGGACCCGGCCCUGUGGGUCCUGCACGUGCUGGCCAACCGGGCCUUGGCCUUCACCGUGGCAGAUCCUGGGCAGCAAGUAGGAGCCCGCUUCUACAGCGAGGAGGCCCUGGCACUGAGGGAUCUGGACCGCUUCAUCACCUUUGUGAGCGCAGGGGAGGAGGAAGAGGAGGAGGAGGAGGCAUCGGAGACAGCCCAACCUCUCUGGCACGUCGACCACCUCCUGCUCCUGACAGAUGAGCACGGCACCAUCCUGGGCUUCGACUUCUCGCUGGGGGGGCCAUCGGGGGCCUCCGGGCAGGAGCCCCUGGAAGCCCGCGCCAUCGCCCUCCUCUGCCACAGCAUGACCUGCCCGCUGGGAGCCGGGGAGCCCCGCAGGCCCAAGACGCUCACCGUGGGAGACCCCGCCUUGCACAGGUGCCUGGAGCCCCCGCUCUCUCGGCUGGGUGUGAAGAUGAGCAAGGGGCCGAUGCGGGGCUGGGGGCCAAAGCCGACGUUCACCUUCCACACCAUGCGCGUGCGCGCCUGCCACGUGUGCAAGAGGCACAGCUUUGAGGGUCAAGUCACAGCAUGCCAGCACUGCCGGGCGGUCCUCUACUGCUCUGAACGCUGCCGCAAGCUGGACUGGAACCGCAGCCCGGAGGAUAUCGGGCACCAGUUCUGGUGCCAGCGCAUGGCCGGGUAUAUGAGCCACGCCCGGGAGCUUGCCAACCUGCCCUUCACUUUUACCACAGAGGUGACGAGUGAGAAUUUCAACAAGGAAGGCUUCCUGUCUGCCCGGGGGCUGACCCGGGGGUACUGGGCCAACGAGAGCAUGCUGGUUAGGGCGCCCGACUACGGCAUGGGUCUGCUUGGCCGGGCCAGGGAGCCAGCGGCCUUCCUGCACAGCGGUGAGAGGCGCCAGGCGCCAGGGAGGCUCCCUCAAGACCGGGCUGGGCAGGGUGGAGGCCGGGCGGCCGUGGCCGGCCUCUUCCUAGGAGAAUUCACCCAUCCCGUCUUACUAAGAGGCAGGGGUCCCCCUCCACCAGCCAAGGGCUGCUUCACCACCCAGCCCCGCUGCUGCUGCCUCCUUCGAGAGCUGGGUUGGGGGACGGGGGGUGGGCUUUAUUCCUGGUUCUUGCACUUCCCUGAGCAGCUUUUCCUCGCAGGUAACCCCUUUGAGGCCCUGCGGCCAGAAGGAGGGACAGCUCUGCCCCCAGCCCCUUCGGAGCCCCCUGCCCCACGGACCUUCUUUGGCUCAUGGAAAGAAUACUACCAAUGGCGGGGGCUGCCACUUGGAGCCCCCCUGGCUGUGAUCCUGAGCUACCCCCUGACCACCUACUACAUCAUCACCCAACUGGCCCCACAACACUUUCCAGAGCUGAACAUCCUCAACAAGCAGUCCCUCCGCAUCCACGUGGUGGAGGCCGGCAAAGAAUUCGGAGCGCUCAUGGCCUUCUGGGAGCUGUCGGUCUUGCUGCCCCACGUCUCUCUGGAGCUGCUCUUUGUGGGGGACACGCUGCCCCCCGAGCUGGACGGCCAGCAGUUCCUCCUGCAGAGAGACGAGGAGCAAGGAGUCUCUGUCCAGUCUGGGUUAGCUGCCAGGUCCAAAGGGGGGCGCCGGGAGCUGCAGCUGGGGUUUAGCGCCCGCCCCUACCACCUUCUGCAAGCCCCCAAGCCGGACCUGGUCAUUGGGUUCAACUCUGGCUUUGCCCUCAAGGAAACCUGGCUGAGUUCUCUGCCGCGACUCCAGUCCCUCCGGGUCCCGGCCUACUUCACCGAAUGCAGUGAAUACAGCUGUGCCGUGGACGAGGCUGCUGUCUCCAUGGCGACAGGGGGCAGCGCCAGCCCCGCCCACAUGAACCCCUUCCGCUCACCCUUUCGCCAAGCCGGCAUCGACAACGCCAUGCCCUGGUACGCCAAUGCCUUCAUCUUCCACCUGAUAUACAAGGCGACUGCCAACAACCACCGCCAGGGCCCUGCCCCUCCCUCCCUGCCGCUGCCAGCCAACGGGAACCCACAGCCACCCCGCAGCCGGCGCAAGGAGAAGAGGCAGAUCCGUGCGGGAGGGCGCCGGCACAAGUGA